AUGACGACGCCUCCGCUCUCCACCAUUUCCACCCACCACCGCGCCCCGCCGCCAUGGCCGCCUUCCAAGAACGCCACCAACCCACGGAUGGAGAUCCGGUGCGGCGUGCUCGCGCCGCCGGCCGGUCAAGCCCUGCAGACGGCCGCUGCUGCUCCAGGUCCAAGGAGCACCAGUUGCCCGCCCAACCGGGUCCCGAGCUCCGACGUGAACCUGCAAAUUCAGCGCCUCUGUCGGGCGGGCGACCUCGCGGAGGCCGUGAGGCUGCUGGGCUCCGACGGCGUUGAUGUGCGGGGCUACUGCGCGGCCAUCCAGCUCUGCGGGGAGGAGAGGUCUCUGGAGGCUGGGAGGAGAGCGCAUGCCGUGGUGCGCGCAUCUGGUGGUGGAACGGGUGGGAUUGGGAGCGUUCUCGGGAAGAGGCUAGUGCUAAUGUACCUCAAAUGCGGCGACCUGGGGAGUGCGAGAGGGGCGUUUGAUGAAAUGCCACCUCAGGUCGCCGAUGUCCGUGUCUGGACUUCGCUGAUGAGCGCGUACGCGAAGGCUGGUGACUUUGGAGAAGGCGUUCUGCUGUUUAGGCAGAUGCACUGCUGUGGGGUUGGUCCGGAUGCGCACGCCGUUUCCUGUGUUCUGAAGUGCAUUGCCAGUUUGGGCAGCAUCAUGGACGGCGAGGUGGUUCAUGGGUUACUUGCAAAGUUGGGUCUUGGGGCAGAAUGUGCGGUUGCUAAUGCUCUCAUCGCGUUGUACUCAAGGUGUGGCUGGAUGGAGGAUGCGAUGCAGGUAUUUGAGAGUAUGCAUCCCAGAGAUGCCAUUUCUUGGAAUUCCAUGAUUAGCGGUUGCUUUUCAAAUGGAUGGCAUGGAAGGGCUGUUGAUCUUUUCAGCAAAAUGUGGUCUGAGGGUUUGGAGAUCAGUUCGGUGACAAUGGUCAGUGUUUUGCCUGCUUGUGCGGAGUUAGGCUAUGAUCUUGUUGGGAAAGUCGUGCAUGGAUACUCUGUGAAAUCUGGAUUGCUCUGGGAGCUUCAAUCUUUAGAGGGAGGAAUAGAUGAUGUUCUUGGAUCCAAACUGGUAUUCUUCUGCCCGGAGCUGAGGAAGAAGUGCGUCGACUUCUUUGCGGACGAGAAGAACUUCAAGAAGGCCGUGCUGACCGAUGGUUUUGCUCAGCUGGUGCAGAAGUUCCCGUCGAUUCUCGGUGAGCUCAGGGUGAAGGUCGUCGGGGCAUAG